AUGCCUAGAAAGGCGGUUUUGCUGAAAUCGCUGGCCCGCGGUCGCAUCCGGUCGAGUUUCAAUAAAUACAACUUGUUCAACCUGUACAAGAAAGGUGACGUUGAUUUCAGAUCAAAGACGCUAUACCAACAGAAAUGGACCGCUAAACAGGAAACAAGAGCGUACCAUGGUGAACAUUUAACUGAAAACCGUUGGCAAACUACAUUCACACCCAGACUGGAUUCCGUUGCUCAAUUGGAUGCGUCUUUAAAGGGACAUGAAGCCCAGCAAACACCAAUUCUGUUACAAACUUUUGGUGUUCUGGAAAAACGGCUCGACAUUGCCAUUUUUCGUGCUAUGUUUGCGUCGUCGGUCAGACAAGCCAGACAAUUCAUUUUGCAUAACAACGUUUUCGUAAACGGGAUCAAGAUAACGCAACCAGGCUACACAUUGAGCCCCGGUGAUGUCUUUUACGUUAAACCGGAAAAAGUUCUACAAGCAUUGGGUGCGAAGAAACCAUCGUUAGCAGAAGCCCUAAAAGUUGACAAACGUCAAAUCACCAUCUGGAAUAGAUAUGUUAAGGCUCUCAAAGAGAAUCCAGGAGAAAAAUGGGCAGAGAAACAGGAGAAGUAUCGUAAAAUGGAUGAUUCCAACCCUAAAAAACAGGAAUGGCUUGAAUUUGUCCGCAAUUAUAACAAGUCCAUGGACACUCAGAUGGAAUCCGAAAUUAAGACUCAAACAAAAGAUACCAUUUUGGCCAAGAUUAUGAGCACAGGCUCUGCUGCAGCCGAGCCAGCCUCUCAUGCUUUUAUGCCACAGUUUUAUGAAGAUACAGCACUCGCAACUAAAGCAUUGGAGUGUUUUCAAGAACUUCAGAAAUCAAACUCUGUACCGGAAAGUGCAUUAAGUAUGUCUCAUGAGCAAUUGGUAAAUCACUCAAAAACUCUGAUAAACCUUUCAGACGAAUCCAAGAAGAACAUGUCUGAUGGCGCAAAAAAGGCUCUACGGGCGGCCAAAAACCUGUGCUCUGAAAUACUCACUUCACAGGAUAAGAUCAUUCGUAAGCUUUAUGAGGGUAAGAAAGGUAGCGAGCAAACUUCCGCUAUACCCUACAAUCCACAAUGGGCCCAGAAAAUUAAGGGUCAUCAACCUAUCAAUGUCAGCGAGCUCGUUGAAGAUGAAACCAAGGCUUCCAGCUCCAUAAAUCUUCCGUGGCAAAAAGGUGUCUAUGGCCGUCAAGACGCAUCGAAGCCGUACUUCACUCCGUGGAAACCAAGACCAUUCUUAUCGCCAUUCGCCAUUCUUCCGCAUCAUAUUGAGGUUUCCUUCAAAACCUGUCAUGCCGUUUAUCUAAGGGACCCUGUGGCACGCCCAGGUCAAUCUGAAGUCAUAACGCCAUUUGCUUUGCCUGUUCAUGAACGCGCUUACAUGUAUUACGUUCGGAACGGUAAAUGA